GUCGUAAAAAUUAUGAACGUUCAGGCAGUUUUGGCCAACUUUUGGGGGUAGCCAUAAAAAAAAAAAAGUUAUUAUUUUUUUUUAAAGAGCUGAACGGUUGCAUUUCUUUCUGUUCACGAGUUUGGUGGACUUGUGGUUGCGUUCGUUUCCUUCUAACUCGUUUAGGGCAGUUACGCGGUAGUUUGAAGCGCUUGCGCAGGGUAGCCAAAAAGGGAGACGCAGCCGUUGUGAAAUCGUCGCUUCUCAGUUGCUUCCCUGUCGCGUCCCUGUCACAUCCCUGCCGCUUCUCAGUCACUUCUCAGUUGCUGCCCCGCCGAGAUGGACGCGCUGAUCGGCCAGCUGGAGAACGUGGAGCCAGACAACAUCCUCAAAAGCGCGGAGGAAUUCAGAAACGACAAGUCGGACGUGAAAGUCAACCUCUCGAUCGGAGUGUGCUGCGACGAAAAUGGACAGCUGCACAUAUUUAAAAGUGUCCUGGAGGCGGAAAAAUUAGUACAGCAGAGGUAUAAGGAAAAACCAUACAUGUUAAGCAACGGGACGAAGCAAUUUUCCCUCUUAACGCAGAAACUGAUUUUUGGAGAAAAUUCAAAAUAUUUAAAGGAAAAAAAAAUAUGCACCGUUCAGGCAAUAGGAGGCACAGGGGCCAUUUGCAUAGCCCUGCAAUUAUUUAAAAUGCUUCACAUUCGUGAAAUAUGCGUAACGAACAAGCCGUAUGUAAAUCACGUGAACAUGAUAACGUCCAACGGAAUUAAAGUUAAAUACAUUUCUUUUUUUGAAGAAAAAUUGGUGAAUAUAAAUUAUGAUGCCUUUUUAAAUGAUUUGCGAAAAUUGGAGGAUGGGUCUGUCCUCCUGUUGCAGGUUUCCUGCUACAAUCCAUGCAGCACGAACAUCGAGGAAAUUUAUUUUGACGAAAUAGCGAACAUUGUUUGGAAAAAAAAACACGUAAUUGUGUUCGACAUUGCUUACCAAGGAUUCGGGUCCUCCAAUAUGAACGAUGAUGUAUCUUUGGUUAAAAAAUUUGAAGAGAGAGGAAUAUCCUUUGUCGUGUGCCAAUCAUUUUCGAAAAAUAUGUCCCUUUAUGGGGAACGAGCUGGGGCAUUGCACAUUGUUUGCAAAUCGAAAGAGGAGAGGAAAAUUGUGGCAAAUAAUCUUCGCGUCAUUACUCGUAAGUUUUAUUCCUCCCCCACGAUUCACACGAAUAGAAUUGUGUGCCAACUUUUGGAAGAUGAGAAAUUAAAAUCCGAGUGGAUAAGCGACUUGCGGGAAUUGUCUGAACGUGUUCAUAAAAAUAGAGUCCUCUUUUUUGAGAAAAUGGAGUUUUACCAGAAGAAAUUUGACCUGCAUUACGACUGGAGUGUCUAUAAGAAGCAGCGCGGGAUUUUUUCCUUCGUCCCGAUGUUCUCUGCGAUUUACCGCAAGCUGAAGGAGCACCACGUCUACAUCAUCGAUAAUGGGCGCAUAAAUGUGUCUGGCAUCACGGCCCGCAACGUGGACUACGUGGCUGAGAAGGUGUGUCUUAGCCUAGCGGAGGUUAAGCGGUGUGGUUAA